AUGUGGAGAAGGGGCCCCGUUCGCGUCGCGCACGAUGGAUGGGAACAUGCAAAACUAAGCCCUCUUUCCCCGAGGACUGAAAUCUUUCCCGGGAGCCAAAACUCUAAACCCACGGGAGAGGCGCUGUCAGAGAGUGACGCGGCAAGGGGCGGGGCUUUGACCAUAUUUGGAGGUGUGACGGUUCCUGUGCAGGCGAGGCAGGCGGGGAGGCAGGCGCGCGGGCGCGCGGGAGGGGAGGCGCGCGGGCGCAAGGCAACCGGCAGCGGAGGCUCGAGCGAGCGCUUCAGUAGAACCAGACACGAGAAACGCUCCACUUUCUCCUCUUGCUUAGGCCAUAAAAUAUGGGAGAUGCACCACCACCACCACCAUCAUCAUCAUCAUUAUCAAGGAGAUGCAGAUUUCUUCAUCCGGCAAAAGGUGUCUCCUCUGUGCAAUUUAUCACCGCUGCCGCUGCAGCCGCAGUUUUUUGAUUCCCAGUCAAAGAUCCUUAACUCUGCUACUAUUAACAGAAAUGUUAAUUAUGGUGUCAAGAUGGAGAGAGUCAAGGAGAGUUCUGUUGCUAAAGGGAAGGACAAAAGCACAAGGCGCCACGGGUAUAAGGUUCCCCAGAGCAACAAUGCUCAAAGUUUCAACUUGCAGCGCAUGGGUGUAACUUUAACUAGAAUACCGUGGAUCAAAGAGUCACAAACAAAGUGGGUGGAAAUGCUGGAGGAGUGUCUGUGCUCGAGUGAAGGACAGGUUCACUAG